AAAGUUUGAGGCUGUCGCCGAGCGGAGGGAGUGGAGGGGCUGUGGCUGCGGGCUGGCCCGGGCCGGGAGGCCGUUACACUGGCAGCGGGGGAGGAGCUGGUGGGCCCCUUCCCUGGUUUUCGCUCCCGCAGCCCCGCCCGGCCCCGGCCGCGCUGAGGAUAAAUGGGUGUGCAUGACCUUUACCUGAACUAAAGCAGUUCCAUGUCUUGUUUGGAUUGUUCCUGUGUUCUGCGGACAACAGUUGAAUCAAUCAGACAAGAAAAGCAAUCAGAAAAUAGCAUCCAUCAAUACUUGGCAGAUGAACCUGAGUUAUCCUGGAUUCAUCCAUAUGGAAGAGAUGAAACGGUACUUUGUUCUUCUGACGUCUCCCAUUAUGAACUCCAGGUGGAAAUAGGAAGAGGAUUCAACAAUUUAACUUCAAUCUACCUUGCCCGACACACACCUACAGGAACGCUUGUGGCUGUAAGGAUCACAGACUUAGAAAGCUGCUCUGAAGAACAUUUGAAAGCUUUACAGAAUGAGGUGGUGCUAUCCCACUUUUUCCAGCACCCCAACAUACUGACACUUUGGACAGUGUUCACUACUGGCAGCUGGCUUUGGGUCAUCUCUCCGUUCAUGGCCUACAAUUCAGCUAGUCACCUACUGAGGACUUACUUCCCUGAAGGAAUGAGUGAAGCUUUGAUAGGAAACAUUCUGUUUGGUGCAGUUCGAGGGUUAAAUUAUAUGCACCAAAAUGGCUACAUUCACAGGAAUAUGAAAGCUAGCCACAUUCUUAUUUCACGGGAUGGUCUGGUUUCUCUGUCUGGCUUAAACCAUCUCUACAGUUUAGUUAACAAUGGACAGAGGUCAAAGGUUGUGUAUGAUUUUCCCCAUUUUAGUACUUCAGUACUUCCUUGGCUGAGUCCUGAGCUACUGAGACAGGAUUUGUAUGGGUAUAAUGUGAAGUCUGACAUUUACAGUGUGGGGAUAACAGCAUGUGAAUUAGCCAAUGGAUAUGUACCAUUUCAGGAUAUACCUCGUGCAAAGAUGCUGCUGCAUAAGCUGAAAGGUCCCACUUAUUGUCCCUGGGAUAUAAAUACCUUCCCAUGUGGGGAAUCCAGAAUGAAGAAUUCACAAUCAGGUGUGGAUUCUGGAAUUGGUGAAAGCAUGACGCACACAAUGACUAGUGAGAGAUUGCAAACUCCCUCCUCAAAAACAUUUUCCCCUGCUUUUCACAACUUGGUAGAACUCUGUUUGCAACAGGACCCCGAGAAAAGGCCAUCAGCAAGCAGUUUGCUGUCACACACUUUCUUCAAACAGGUAAAAGAACAAACAAGGAGUUCCUUACUUUCACUGUUGCCACCUCCUAUCCAACACAAUAGACCACAAUUCUUGCCACUGCCCUCAAGAGCAAGCAGGCCUGAGUUUGCGUGUUUUUACCCAAAUGAAAGAGACAUAGAGUGGGACUUUUAAAACAAUGACAAACUAUCAUACCUCCCCCAUGCUUCAAAGAAGGAAAAUGUGAUUUCUACUUGCUGCUUUUCUCUGUAUUGGUUUAAAUACAAAUACAAGAGCUAUACUUGAA